UAAAUAAAAAUAUUUGGAUUGUAAACUAACAGUGAGAAUUAUAGUGACUCAUAAAAAUGGUGCAAAAAAUUGUAAUAAUAGUAUCAACAGCUCAAAUUGUUUCUUUACUUGUCGGACUUAUAAUUGUCCUUCUUGACAAAAAAGUCUGUUUGACUGAAAAGUGCCAACAACUUGUAGAUACUAUCAAGAAUCAAAUUGAUGUUAAGGUUAAUCCUUGCGAGAACUUCUACGAUUUCGCUUGCGGAAAACUGCUAUAUAGGGAUGAGUCAGAGAAGAUUGAAGAUCUAGGUAUUUCAUCUCAAAAUGAGGAAUCAGAAAUUAGAAGAAUGAAAAUUUUACUGGCGGAAGCACCAAAAUCAGACGAACCGAAAACUUUCCAGAAGGUUAAGACAUUGUAUCGAUUAUGCCGAGAACAGAAACUGAACUCACAAGCAGCUAGAAUUAGAAGCUUAUUCGGAGAAGUUGGAGGUUUUCCUACCUUAGAGGGUGAUUCUUGGGAUGAAGAAAGCUGGUCGUUGAUUGAAACCAUCAAAAAGAUGAGACUAAAAGGAUUUUCAACCAAUGUACUAUUUUCUCUGACUUACGGGUUCAACCCUCUGGAGUUAAAUCAAGUUUCUUUAUACACUCUUAACCCAGAUGUGUCCAAGUCGUAUGUAUUCACGUCAGGUUGUGAAGACUGUAAGGCCAAUUUCAUAACACAAUAUGUGAGAAUCGUGGCCAGUCUAAAUGGUGAUGAGGAUAAAGCUGCCGCUGACGCUGAAGAUCUUUAUCCUUUGACGUCAGGAAUUGUGCUUAUUUGUCGGAAAUUUCCAGAUAUAGAUAGAAUCAAACCUUUGGCUUUAAAAAACCAAGUAAAAUCUAUAUCUACCCUUGCAUCAAACUAUAGUUUUUUCGAUUGGAAGGAAUAUAUUAAAAUUAUGUUGCAAAUGAAUUCAGAUCCUUCGGAUGAGUUUGUUGUUGUAGUACGUAACCCACGUUAUCUUAGAGAACUUAAUUCAAUGCUUAGCAACACUCCUAAAAGAACGUUGGCCAAUUAUAUGAUUUGGAUGAAUUUAGAUAUUAUGUAUAGUUUUUCUGCUAAUAAAAGAAGAAGAGACACUUGUUUUACAUUAAUAGAAAAUAAACUAUUAUUCGCGCUGCAGGCAAUGUAUGUACAUACAUAUUAUUACGAUCAUAUUGGCGAUGCCAAAUUAGUGAAACAAAUGUUUGAGACGAUAAAGCGGCAAGCGAUGAGUACAAUUAGUAAAGCGGACUGGAUGGAUUCACGGGUAAGACAGGACUCAGAAGCCAAAGUAAAAGCAAUCGACUUGUAUUUAGGCUUCACAGAGGAGUUGUCAGAUAUCAAAUUACUAGAAAAACGUUUUGAAAAUCUCGAAGUAACAAACAAUUUUUUGGAUUCAAUUUUAAAUGUAAUAAAAUUUAGAAUGGACGUGAUGUCAAGAUCUGUCGGUAAAACAGCCGAUAAGAAGUUUUGGAAAAUCGCGGGUCUGCAGACGGAGGCGCUGUAUAGUGCUAAAUCCACCUUUUACAAUUUUGAGGACAACAGCUUGUGGGUGGCUCCAGGUGUUUUGCAGUUACCGGUAUUUGACGAGUACUGGCCCGAGUCCGUCAACUACGGUCGUGUCGGCUAUUUGAUAGGCCACGAGUUCACGCACGCUUUUGACGCCUCUGGCAGAGAAGUGGACAAGGACGGAAAGACCGGGUUGUGGUGGGAUCCCUUAACCUCAACCCGGUACAGUGAAAAGACACAGUGUUUUAUAAAACAGUACAGCAAUUUCACAAUACUAAACCUAGUAGGGGAAUUAGAGCGUAUGGAUGGCAGGGAAUACGUGGAUGAGAAUAUAGCAGACGGUACUGGUAUAAAACUAGCAUUCGAAGCUUACAGAGCCCAAGCGGAUAGUAACCUCUUGUCUGAAACGAGGUUGCCUGGAAUUGACUUCACCAGUGAGCAGAUAUUCUUUAUCAGCAUGGCUCAUUACGGUUGUAAUAAAUAUGAAGAGGAAAAAUUCAGCGUUAUGACUUGCAAAUUGUACUCCCCAUACAGAUAUCGUGUGAUUGGUUCUUUACAGAACCUCCCGCAGUUCAGUGAAGUCUUCAAUUGUAAAAGUGGUUCCAAAAUGAAUCCCGUAAAUAAAUGUGUUAUGUGGUAAUUGAUUCAUACAAAUAUAUUAAAGUAUACAUCCAAUUAA